CUCCGCCCGCGCCGCCCGCUGCCGACGUCGGCCCCGGCACGCCACUUCCCCGGCGGCAGCAUGGGUGGCGCGGAGUCCGCGCCGUAGCGGCCGCCAACCCCGGACCCGGGGUCCCGCGUCCUAACAGUCGGCUUGGACUGCAUGUCAGAAGAGCCAGAGGGCCAGAGCGAUUUCACAGCAGAGUCAUGGGGGUGCUGAUGUCCAAGCGGCAGACGGUGGAACAAGUCCAGAAAGUGAGCCUGGCUGUGUCUGCCUUCAAGGAAGGGCUGCGGGACAGACCUUCCAUCCGACGCUCAGGCGAGCUCGCAGAGCCCCGACGAGGCACUGUUGAGGGUUCUGUGCAAGAGGUACAGGAAGAUAAAGAAGCAGAGGCCAGAGCCCCAGUACUCCAAGAUGAGAGCAACAUCCGGCGGGGGGCCUGGGAGCGACUCCGAGAUGGGCGUGGGGUAGAGCCCGAGGACUUGGACAGAAUUAGCCGCUGCUUCACGCAGCCCGCCUUCAUCCGGCCUACCCGCCAACUGGACGAUGAUAAGCCCCCUGACAUCUGCUUAGAGCUCAGAGAGUCGAUUGUCAAUGAUGAGAUGUGUGACAUCUGUGAAGUAUGGACAGCCGAGAGCCUCUUCCCAUGCAGGAUCUGCUCCAGGGUUUUCCAUGAUGGCUGCCUGCGCCGCAUGGGCUACAUUCAACCAGACAGCAGUGCAGAAGUGACUGAAACGGCCCACACGGACACAGGCUGGAGUUGCCACUACUGUGACAAUCUCAACCUGCUGCUUACCGAGGAGGAGAUGUAUAGCCUCACAGAGAUCUUCCAUCAAUGUAAAGUCAUCCCUGAUUGUUCCCUUACGCUGGAGGACUUCUUGCGCUACCGCCACCAAGUAGCAAAGCGAGGGGAGAGUAACAGGACCCUCAGCGAGGAGCAGGAAGAGCUAGUGGCCCAGCAGUUUGCAGCCUUGGACCCUGAGCACCGCGGCCAUAUAGAGUGGUCAGACUUCUUGUCCCACGAGUCCCUCCUGCUCCUGCAACAGUUGCGUCCCCAGAAUUCUCUGUUGAGGCUGCUGACAGUCAAGGAGCGCGAACGAGUGCGGGAUGCGUUCAUGGCACAGGGCGGCGGGGGCGCUAUCAGCGAGGCUGAAUGCCACCGCAUGCAGCAUGCCUGGUUCUGCAAACGCCCGGCAGAGGCUCCGUCCUGCAGCGUCAGUGUCAGCCAUGUAGGUCCCAUAGCUGACAGCAGUCCAGCCAGCAGCAGCAGCAGCAGCAAGAAUCAGGACAAGCCCCUGCUGCCCACUGAACAGGAGACCAGAUCCGUGGAUUGGCUGACCUUCCUGCAGAAGAAUGUCAUCUACAUCCUGGCCUCUCGCCCCAACAGCGCAGCCAUUCACUUAAAACCCCCAGGAUAAUGAGUAGAGAAUCUCAGCCCGGGGCGAGGGGAGCGUGACCUUUUCUUCCCUACCCUUUCUCUCUCCCUUCACCCCACCAAAGUCUGACAUGGAGACUCAUGGGGAUGGAGCACUGCCAGCAUCUCUGUUUGUCACUAAGCUUCAUGACAUGGAAAUCCCGUUCCCCUCAUGCAAAAUCAGUCUCAUAGGCAGCCCUGCACUGCCCUGGGUAGCCCAGAGCUGAGGCUGCAUCUGCCCCAGCCCCUCCACCACCUCUUAGACUGGACCUGCCACUCACACAUGCAGGCUCACUGUCGCCAUCUUCAGAGACCUGGUUCCUUUGAGUAGAAAAAGGACCAGAGUCCCUUUGUGAAGGCCCUGGAGGUUCUACUUCCUCUGCCUAUUUAUUAGCCAGUUGUGCUUUCUAUUGCCCAAACAUAGCAAGAUGGAGGGAGCAGUAGGUUCCACAUCCCCGGAGGUGCUACCAGCUCCUUCCUCCCUUUUGGCCAGCCUCUGUCUGGGAAGCUGUGUGUUUGGGGGUGGGAAGAGGAUUGAAACCCAUCCCUGCACUUCAGUCCAUUGUUUCAAUAAUUCCAGUUCCUGGAAUGUUAGAUCCCUAGUCUGUGAAGUCCUAACCAGAAAAGGGAGGUGCCAAUACCCCUCUGAAGGUCCCAGAGUGCUAGGGAUUUACCAACUGGUCAUCCAAGUGCAGAAAAGUAGUAAAAUAAUUCAAACAGCAGGUUUGAGUGAGCCAUACUGGCCCCUACUUUUCAGAUGGGGGCUCAUGACCUACAAAUACCAGGGGCCUGGCUAGAACAGUUGAGAUGUCUCGCCAGCUUCUGUGUGAGAAGCUUCCCCCAAGCACAGACACCCAGAAGCCAUGACUAGAUGGAGAGAAGAGAAGGCUCGUGUACUUUUCCACCUUCUGGCUCAACUUGGCUGUAGACUAGCUGUUGAGUAAUGGAGCCAGUCUCUCCUGCUGCCCAAGGAAAAGCACCACAGAAACCUGAGCAAGACUUCCCCUCACCACAAGAACAAAGAGCUGGUGCCAAGAUGAUUAGCAUCUCGGUGCUCUUGAGCAGAAAAAGUUCUAAGCUCUCUAGAGGAGGAAGCACUCCCCCCCUACCCCUCGAUGCUGCCUCUCUAUGGGGCUCAGCAAGAAGGAGCAGAGAGCAUGUGGGACAAGCAUAGGUCCACAAGAAUGCUGUGCCCAGCCUCCAAGCCCUGGCCCCCCCUCCUUCCUGAGUGCUCAUCAAAUUCACAAGUCAGCCAGCCAGGGUUUCUCUUUCCAGCCUAAUAACAGGGUUUGCCUCAUCAGAGGGCUAAGUGUUGCUGGAGAGCUGGCUCAGUACCACUGAUGCUCACAGCCCCAUGGCUUGCAUAUCCCUGAGAGCAGCCCUUAGGGCACUGACAUGAGUGGCAGACACAGUGUUGAGGCUCAGAGGAAAAGGGCUGGGACUGCAAACCCAUCAGAGCUCUGUGGGUGUCCGCCUUUGGAAACUGCCUGCUCCAGAAGCAGGCUAAGAAGCUUUUCAUGACUGAACUGAGAGGAAUGAAUCUGGGUUCAUGUGGAUGAGCCCCGAAAUAUUUCAAAGCCCACAGUUUUCUGUAAAUACUUCUCUGCCAUACUCCCAAGGAUGGCCGUUAUCCAAGCUAACCAAAACAAACGAAACCAAGCAAGCACAUUACUCUUGGGCCCAAGAACUGCAUCUCAAGCAGCUCAGCGUGGGGUUUUUGCACUGAGAUGAUUAAAGCACAUUAAGCCCAGGAGCUCUUGCUUACUUUCCUGGCAAAUGACCUUCUGUCCCAGUACCUUGGGCUCCUUGAUGUCCCAGGCAGAGCACUGGGAGUUGAAAUGAGCUCUGGGCUUUGAGAACUAGACAGUUGGUGUUCUCCUGCCUCCUCAUCAGUCACUGGAACUGCCAAAUCCCUCUGGUUCCCCUUUCUGGCCCAGGUCAAGGUGACACUGCCCCUGUCUGAAGCAACAGCUACAUGACCAUGGCUACUACACCCCAAGCGUGGCCAGGCAGGGUCUGCCCAUUGGGAUUUUCUCUUUCUUUGCUGGAGCAUGAGUCUCUUUAAUUGAAGGUAAGACAAAGGGACUGCGGAGCACAGCCACCAGAAAUAGAGCUUCUAAUCCACAAGAGAUGCAGGAAGCUGGAGAGCAAUUUGGAGCCUCUUCCACAGAUAUGUCACAUUCUACCAAAGAGGGUCCCAUUGCUUCCCUAGAAUAGAUCUGCAGAAGCUGCACCUCAACCCUCUCUUUGUAGUGUGCUAAUCUGUGAAGCCCUUUUCAUUGUGUAUGGAGACGUGCAAACAUCACCCUAGUGAAGCCCCUUCUUUCCUUCUCAAGCACCCCCUCAUCACUGUGACUGAAAUUCCCAGUAUGAAAAUGCCUAAGGGUAAGAAGAUGUCUCUCACAUUAACUUUGGCUGCCCCAAAUUUUCCGAGCAACCCCUCUUCCAACCAAGAGAGAAUGGGGGGUAAUCCAACCUUGAAGACAGUUUGCUCUCAACCUGUUUUUCAUCCAGCAGUCUUCCCAAGGAUCAUUUAAUGGGACAGCCGGAUGUCUGGGAGUGGGUGGGUGUGGAGGGGAGGGGUUUCGGUUGCUGCAGACAUGUGGGUCAUGGCUGUGGCCACAUAACCUCUGGGGCUGUUCUUCUGAGACUAGCCUUCCCCCCCACAGUUGCAGGCUCUGUGCUUUUUAAGUGAGAUGGCUUUGAAGCCCAGAGGUGCCUUUGGGGCCCAGGAAGGACUCACUCCUGGGUUCUGACCCACUUGCAAAUGCCCUGCCUUGGAGGCUGGUCACAGCUGAAGCCAUGACACAUGGCCCAACCCUUUUCAGCCCAGGUGCCAAGCUGCAGAGUAGACACUGGCCUUUCUGAUGCUGAUGCUACAUUGGAGGACAUCACUUUUGCCUUGUCUGAGUGGCCAAAUCUGGGGUUCCCCCAUUCCUCCCACCAGUCCAGGAAAAACAGAAUCAAUGAAAAAGAGGGUACCUCACAUGGGCCGAGCCCAGGAUUGUGCUGAGACCUCAGUCCAAAGACAAACUUGCUGUGGCAGUUCUCGUGGCUUUAGGAAGUGAACUCAGGAAGCCUGGGAAGCCAAGAAGGUAUCUGGCAGGACCCUAAGCUAUCCAAGAGUCAAGGGUAAUCUCAGGACUGAGAAUGGGUGGAAGCCAUGCCCCCCUCAAACCAGCAGAGCAAAGUCAAGGAGAGACUCAGCACUGAAAGGAAAAUCACCUUGAAGCCAGAACUUCAGGACCCCUUGACAGCCGGAACUAUGUCCCCUCAUUACCUGCCUAUUUAAAGAGAAAGAACUGUCUUUGUGCCACUUUGCUGCAAUUUGUCCAGGGACCCUCUCUGGAGUUCCAAGCUGUAGUCCAAACAUCCUUACAUUGGAGUCAUUAAUGCUUGGCCCUGGUGUGAGAGUGGGUCUGAGCACUUUUCCUGCUAUUGCUUUCCUGCUGUCACUGCUGUAGGCAAACGUGAAAGAAAUCAGCAAGGUUAUAGAGUUUUCUCCAGGCUAAAGUAGUGAAAAUGACAAGUUUCCCUCCAGGCCAUAUGCCUCUCAAUUUGGAUUGUGAGGGUAUCUGGUUGUGUCUGGACCAGUAACUGAGAAACACUCCAGACUGGAGAGCGAUGUUGGUGUGGCCAAGGAUGUAAAAUACCAAUGCACAAGCAGCAAGGCAGACCCAUAUCUUUAAGGAAACAAAGGCCUGUAAGAUUAGCCUCCUUAAGAGAGCAAGCUUAGUAUCUGUGUCCUAGCCACACAGAGACUGGUAAUGGGCCAGGACCACUGAGCUCCAGAUCCCAGUCUCUCUGGUCCCUCAUUCUAUCUUGCUCUUGUCUGUAAAUAUAAUUCAGCAGUAAGUGAAGAGGAACAGCACAUCCACCCCAAAGCCUUGUCUUCACUCCAGUUGCAUGUUCCUCCCAGUGGCUUAGCCUCUCCCUCCAGAAGGAGCCAAUGCUCCCAGAGGCUGGCACGGUAGAAAUCAUAAUAAAGAUUGUAAUGCUA